AUUAUAUUUUAUUAUUAUCAGAUACAGUAACAGUUGGAGCAAUGUAUAAUAAUGAAAUGAAUCCCUUCUCCCAAGGCAGGGAGGUGAACGAGAUCUCCUGAUGAGGGGGUGUGCAGCAUACAUAGAUGUAGGAGCAGGCUGCUGGCUUGAAUCACCAGCACCACAACCACCCAUAUGCAUUUUUUCUCUGACCUGAGGGUAGCUGUAGCAAUUUGUAUUUCAUACUAUUGAGUACAAGGUAUUCUGCUUCUGUAUUUGCUCUGUUAUUGAUAUCGCUAGUAUCUGGAACGUCUUUCUGCCAAUAGGCCAUUGCAGUCCAUCAGAGUCUUCAUUUAGACCCAAAGGAAACACUCGAUGUUCACAACUUUUCAACUCAGCUAAUACAAAAGAUGUCACAAAUUGAGAAAGACUGUGAAGGCUUAGGCCUGGAUGACCCAUAUCCCUACCAAACACAGCUAAAGAAGAUGCAGGUCCUUUUGGACAAAAAGGAAGAUACACAUGAUGCAGAGGUUGAGAAAACUUUGGGAACCAGUGUGGCUGCUCUGUAUUCUGUUCCCACUGCCAUCUUCUGUUUCCUCAGGGCCUGUACACCUAUACCAGAAAUAGAUACAGACAAUCCAUUCAGACGUACAAUCCAGUAUGCCAUCUCUCUUGGGGGUGACACUGAUACAAUAGCCAGCAUGGCUGGAGCUAUUGCAGGUGCCUACUACGGUUAUGGCAUUGUUAGCGAGAAUCUGCAGAAACACUGUGAAGCCACGGAACAGUUCAUCGAGUAUGCAGACAAGUUGUACAAGAUCACCGCCUCCAAAUAGUAGCUCAGUUUUGAUAUGUUUUUUUUCUAUGUAAAUAGACAAAUGUUCUGGAAUGAUCUUGUUUCAAAGUGAAUAACACUUUUAACAUUUAAAAAAAAAUGGGAAUGUUUAUCUCAC